GAAUUUGCUAUGAAGAUGUAUCAAAAUAUGGUUCUUAUCGAUCAGAUGGACAAAAUUCUUUACGAUUCGCAACGCCAGGGACGCAUAUCCUUCUACAUGACAAGUUCUGGCGAAGAGGCUAGUCAUAUUGGUUCUGCAGCAGCACUGCAAGAUGACGAUUUAGUUUAUGCGCAAUAUCGAGAGGUUGGUGUGCUUUUAUGGAGAGGCUUUUCGCUCGAAAAUUUGAUGCACCAGUGCUACGGAAAUGCUAAAGAUAUUGGUAAAGAUUACUUUUUGCUAAAGAUUUCAAAUUCAGCUCCCAGUAAAAUGAACCUGCUACAGCUGGUGGAAAGCAGAUGCCAGUGCAUUAUGGUUCAGCGGAACAUCACUAUGUCACGAUAUCUUCACCACUGGCCACGCAAAUACCUCAAGCUGUUGGAUCAGCAUAUUCUUUUAAAAGGUUUGGGUCGUUAUUUCGCUCCUCCCUAG